AUGGCAGCCUCAAAGUCAUCAAUGCCUCUGCUGACCGCCUUUCGAAGCUUGCGACAAGCUCCGCCGCGCCUUUCCCGAACACAAUGCCUCGCCAGGCCGUCUCGAUAUUACUCGGCAGACGCUGACGCCCCGCCGCCGCUGCUGCAGAAGCUCAAGGGCGAGCUCAAGGCCGCCAUGCGCGCCAAAGACGCGCCCAGGCUCUCGGUGCUCCGAUCCAUCAUGUCCGCGAACCUCAACGCCUCCAAGACGUCGUCCCCGAUCCGCACCGACGUCCAGCUCGUCGCCCUGAUCCGCAAGCUGCAGAAGAGCGCGCAGGACGCCGUCGCGGACGCCCAGGCGGCCGGGCGGGACGACCUGGUGCAGAAGGAGAACCAGCAGAUUGCCAUCCUGGAUGAGUACGUUGCGUCGAGCGGCGUGAAGACGAUGGGAGAGGCCGAGAUCAAGGUCCUGAUCAACGAGGCCAUCGAGGCUGCCAAGGGCGCGGGCGCAGCUGGCAAAUCUCUGAUGGGAGAAGUGAUGAAGCGCGUCAAUGGCGCCUUGGAGGGCAAGGAUGUGGACAGGAAGUCGGUCGCGGCACUGCUCAUCACUUCCGGCUCCAAGUUUGAAGAGGAGAUUGCCUACUCACGGGCUGUUAUCGUGGACGAUUGGGUGUUUGUCUCAGGAACUACUGGAGUCAAUUAUGAGACUGGAAAGAUCUCUGAAGAUGUCGUUGAACAGACUGAACAGACUAUGAUCAACAUCGAAAAGGCUCUGAGAGAAGCGGGAUCCUCCAUGUCUGAAGUCGUUCGCGUGAAAUACAUUCUCCCGGAUCGCAAUGACUUCCCCUCCGUUUGGCCGGUGUUGAGAAAAUGGCUGGGCAAUGUGCGUCCGGCGGCGACUAUGGUGCAAGCCGCACUCAUGCUCGACGAGAUGAAGAUUGAAAUCGAGGUGACAGCAAAGAAGGGAUCCGGUAAUGAUGUCUCCGGCAACCAGGGUCUUUCUGAAGAGCAAACUGGCAAGGAGUAA